UAUGACAACACUUUUUUCACCGACAAGUAAAUUUUACAGGAUGCUUAAAAAGCGACACAUUUGUGUUACUACUAUAAACGCAAGCUCCUCUAAACUUAUUUACACUGUCGGGGUUGUUGUCGACACAUGGUGGAUAAAGUAUGAUAGUAAUGAAACUGUAAAGAAUGGUUUAUGGAAAGAAUGCAAUCAGAAAAACGAUACUUUAGUGUGUAAAACAAGACAUAAUAUUUUGAUGUUCAAGUACGAGCAAAACAAAGAUUGGAUUAUUAUUUUGUUAAUCGCAGUUGCAUUGCUUGCUGUCUUAUCAUUAUCAACUUCACUUUAUAUUUCUUAUGGCGAUAAUAAAAAAAGACGGGUUGCCGUUUUUUUUAUUCUUCUAUUUACACUUUUAAACGUACUCUUUUCCAUUGCUUUUAUUUCAUUUACGGAGGUUAUGUUUAUUAACGAGCUGUUAGUAUACAAUCGUGGUUGGUGUUUAUAUUUAACAUAUUUGGGCUCUUUGAUGAUUGGAUUAGUUUAUAUAUUCACUUGCAUGCUUGUUUAUUGGACUUACGACGUAAAUAAAAAAAAACCUUAUCAAACUGCUAAUAAUUCUUCCGAGGAUGAAACGUUGCACGAAAGCAUUUUGCUCGCUGGAGAAGAAACGCAGAAUAAAUGAAAAAAUAGUAUCACAAUUCGCUACAAGUUUUUAAAGAACAAGUGAAAAAAUUAAUAACUUUUCGGAUGACUUUAUCUAUAACUAUGGAUAAUUAUAAAAAACUUUAUUACUUUUGUUUAUAUAUAUAUAUAUAACUAUGUUUUAUCAGAUUAUUUAAUA